AUGAAUUCCAGCGGGCCCUUGUUCAUUGCCCAAGAGGCUCUGUGCUAUUACGAAAUUAGCACAAUCUAUAACUCUUGCCCUAGAUACCUCUUCUACGCGCUCUUGAUUGCGAGUUGUGUGACUCGCUGGACAGGAUGGCUUGCCGAUGUCUUCCUAGGAGCCGCUGCCACAUAUGCAGGUACAGCUGCAAUCGAGGCAUUCAUUCUGUUAGCUAGUGAACAGAAGAGACCAAAACCAGCACCGGUCACUAUUCCCUUUAUCUCAGAUAACACGACUUUAUGGAACGACUUUCCUCAGUUGAUCACGGAAACGAACCAAGUCAUGAUCCAGCCUGGUUCUCUGGAGCUGGAUGGCGAUGCGGUCCUUGCUAUCGUGGUGACAGGCUACCUUGUCUUCUUACCUCUCCAAUGCUGGUCUCGCAUUUUGACACACCAAAGAGCUCGAAAUUUCUUGUUCUAUCUAUGGAACCUUUUGAUGCUCACGGGCUCAAUCUGCGCUUUAGUCUACGCAGCCAACAAAUCCAAAACACCCACGCAAUACAUGUUCUGCUACCCAGGGCUCCCUCCUUAUGAUACCACGUCUAACGAUGGCUGGCAAUCAUCAUGGAGGACCUCAACUUGGAAUGAAAGCGUCUGGGAGACUUUCUCAAACAUAACUCGAUGGAGUCUCAUUGGAGAUAUCUGCUACAACCCGUGUUUUAACUCGUCACAAACACUUCGCCAGUCAACCUCAUUGCAAUCUUGGGUGGCAAGCAAAGACUCCGAACUUUCGCAUCCUGCCCGUUUCUGGGAUAAACUCAUUUACUCAAGACGGUACAUUUACAGUCUGAUUAUUCUUUGCCUCGUCUUGAAUCUGGUUCACUUGACCUUCAAGUUUCUUCCCUACCGGUCGCGUAUUCCCUCCGCUGAGAUCAUUGUGAUCUGGAAAGAGAGGAAGAAUAUUUGGAACGGCUUCAAAGGAGAACUGAAAACCGCCCGGUCAAAAGCUAAGGAGGAAUUAGUACACAAAGAGGCAGAUCUCAGUAAUGGCAAUUCACCACUAUCGAGUCACAUUCGACCCCUUUUCAGCAUGACUUUCCUGAGAGCUUUCAUGCGAGUCUUAGCGGACUUUCUCAUUCUCUUCGGUCUUGUCUUCAGUAUGAUCAUCAGCCCAUUUACCAUUAUUGCCUUUGUGGCCUGGGCCGAGUGGACUAUAUACAAUGACGGGCCUGCUCAGGAAAGUCCCAGACAAGUUGGACAAUGGUCUUACUUAGUGUCCAUUGGACUGCUUUUGAUCUCGGCUGCAAUAUUGACACUGAAGUACCGUCUUGCUACAAUGUCUGAGCUGGAUGAGGAAAUCGAAAAGUUACGAGAUGAUCUGGAGAAAUUGGAGCAGAGAAAGGAAAAGCGACUAAGGUCAGCAACUGCGCCAUUGAUGACACUGGAGAAUACCACCGAAGAUGGUUGA